CGCCAGCGCGUGGUCCCGGCCCCCUCCACCCGCCGUCUCGGCCGCGGCCAGCAGCCCCUGCCCCCCGGGGGAAGCUGACGGCCGCCGGGCGCGCCGCCCUAGCAUACGGACAGGGGGCGCUCCGCGCGGCCUGGGGCAACCCGGGCCACUGGGGCAGGAAAGUGAGGGCCCAGAUCGGCCCGGGCGUGCAGGGGCUCCUGGUUUGCAGCAGCGGCGGCAGCUGCAGCGGCUCUAGCAGCAGCGGGAGUGCCGGGUUGGGCCGGGAAGCCGAUGGCGGCGGCGGCGGCUCCGAUUCCUCGCUGACUGCCUGUCUGCCCUCCUGCAUUGAGCGCCAUGUUACCGAGCCAAGCUGGGGCCGCGGCGGCGCUGGGCCGGGGCUCGGCCCUGGGAGGCAGCCUGAACCGGACCCCGACGGGGCGGCCGGGCGGUGGAGGUGGCGGCGGCGGCGGGACUCGCGGGGCUAACGGGGGCCGGGUCCCCGGGAGCGGCGCGGGGCUCGGGCCGGGCCGCCUCGAGCGGGAGGCUGCGGCAGCAGCGACAGCCACCCCGGCGCCCACCGCGGGGGCCCUCUACAGCGGCAGCGAGGGCGACUCGGAGUCGGGCGAGGAGGAGGAGCUGGGCGCGGAGCGGCGCGGCCUGAAGCGGAGCCUGAGCGAGAUGGAGCUUGGCGUGGUGGUCGGUGGGCCCGAGGCGGCGGCGGCAGCCACCGGAGGCUACGGGCCGGUGAGUGGUGCGGUGAGCGGGGCCAAACCGGGUAAGAAGACUCGGGGCCGCGUGAAGAUCAAGAUGGAGUUCAUCGACAACAAGCUGCGGCGCUACACGACCUUCAGCAAGAGGAAGACAGGCAUCAUGAAGAAGGCCUAUGAGCUGUCCACGCUGACAGGGACACAGGUGCUGCUCCUGGUGGCCAGUGAGACAGGCCAUGUGUAUACCUUUGCCACCCGCAAACUGCAGCCCAUGAUCACCAGUGAGACUGGCAAGGCACUGAUUCAGACCUGCCUCAACUCGCCAGACUCUCCACCCCGCUCAGACCCCACCACAGACCAGAGAAUGAGUGCCACGGGCUUUGAAGAAACAGACCUCACCUACCAGGUGUCGGAGUCCGACAGCAGUGGGGAGACCAAGGACACACUGAAACCUGCAUUCACAGUCACCAACCUGCCAGGUACCACCUCCACCAUCCAAACAGCACCCAGCACCUCUACCACCAUGCAAGUCAGCAGUGGCCCCUCCUUUCCCAUCACCAACUACCUGGCUCCAGUGUCUGCUAGUGUCAGCCCCAGCGCUGUCAGCAGUGCCAACGGGACUGUGCUGAAGAGUACGGGCAGUGGCCCCGUCUCCUCAGGGGGCCUCAUGCAGCUGCCUACCAGCUUCACCCUCAUGCCUGGUGGGGCAGUGGCCCAGCAGGUCCCAGUGCAGGCCAUUCAGGUGCACCAGACCCCACAGCAAGCGUCUCCCUCUCGUGACAGCAGCACAGACCUCACGCAGACCUCCUCCAGCGGGACAGUGACGUUGCCCGCCACCAUCAUGACAUCAAGCGUGCCCACAACUGUGGGCGGCCACAUGAUGUACCCUAGCCCCCAUGCGGUGAUGUAUACACCCACCUCAGGCCUGGCAGAUGGCAGCCUCACCGUGCUCAAUGCCUUCUCCCAGGCGCCAUCCACCAUGCAGGUGUCCCACAGCCAGGUCCAGGAGCAAGGUGGCGUCCCCCAAGUGUUCCUGACAGCACCAUCUGGGACUGUGCAGAUUCCCGUGUCUGCAGUCCAGCUUCACCAGAUGGCUGUGAUAGGGCAGCAGGCGGCAAGCAGCAGCAACCUCACAGAGCUACAGGUGGUGAACCUGGAUGCCACCCACAGCACCAAGAGUGACUGAUCCGCCCUGCCGCCCUGGACGGAUGGCCCAAGGGACGGCACCACUUAUUUAUUGUUGCCUUUUCACGUUUUCUUUACACACACGUUGGCGGGCCACAGGAGGGAGGCGGGGAGGAGGAGUAGGCAGCCACAGGACUGAGCCCUCUCUCUCCAGCCAAAGAAUGGGCCAACCUGCCCUCCAUGCCGUCCUUCCUCGCCCUUCCCUCCAUGCCGUCCUUCCUCGCCCUUCCCUCCUUAUCGCUCCACCUCCCAUUUCUGUUGAUGGUGGGGCUGCCCUCCCUCCUCAGACUCCCCUUGCCAGCUUGGCUCCAUGUUUGCCAUGAGUAUUAGCUUACCCAAUGGGACCGUGCCCCACCUUCCCACACAAAGGCUUCUGUGGGACUAGGCACUGUGUCCCCCUGAGGAAGCAGUUGGGGUUCUCUCCGCAGCCUCCUUGCUGACCCCAGGUCAGCACUGUGUCCGUCACCGGCUGGGUCAAAAGAACCCUAUCCCUGCCCCUCAGGGAGCCAGCUGGGGAGACGGGGGUUCUCUCCUCUCCUCACACCCUUGCCCACUGUCCCUGUAGCUCCUGGGAGAGGGGCCUAGGCACGAAGCAGGGGCCACCUGUCCUGCGCUGCCACUCUCCUGAGAACUCCAGGGGCCCUCCUGGGUUGGAGGGAACCACCAGUGUUCCUUCUCCCUGUCUUCCUCCCUCGCCUCCCAGCUGCUUUACUUAAAGUUGAUUUUGAACUUUUUAUUUGAGGAGACGAAGUGAAAACAAAUCUAUAAAUAUAUAUUUUUAAAAUAUUUAA